UGUCUCAUAGCCGCCACGAUCGUCAUCAACGUCCCGCGAAGACGACGAGACAACAUCAAUCACCGCCCAGAGUCGAAUCCCACCCGACAACCCGUUACGACAUCGCCAAACCUCGAGAAGACGGCGGCGAGGACCAUCCCCGCCACCGCCAAAGCCCGGGAAAGAUGGAGACCCGCCAACGGCACGAGAAGAAGAAGCUGAGCAACAAGUGGGCGUCGACCGUGGCGAGCAUCCUGAUCCAGAGCACCAGCGGUAACCUUUACACCUUCUCCGUCUACUCCCCCGCCCUCAAGUCCACCCAGGGCUACUCUCAGUCCACCCUCGACACCAUCUCCGUCUUCAAGGACUUCGGCGCCAACUGCGGCGUCCUCUCCGGCCUCCUCUACUCCUACGCCAACGAUCCCCGCCGCCGUGGCGGGCCGUGGGUGGUCCACCUCGCCGGGGCGGCCCAGAACCUGCUGGGCUACUCCUUGAUGUGGGCAUGCGUCGCCGGGAUCUUGCCCCGGCCUCCCGUGGCGGCAGUGUGCCUGUUCAUGCUGGUUGCGGCGCAUGCGCAGAGCUUCUUCAACACCGCCAAUGUCGUCACGGCAGUCCGGAACUUCCCUGAUUAUAGCGGCACUGCUGUUGGGAUCAUGAAGGGUUUUAUCGGUUUAAGUGGAGCUAUACUGAUCCAAAUAUAUCAGACAGUAUUCAACAAGAACCCUGCUGCGUUUCUCCUGAUGCUUGCCCUAUUACCCACGAUUAAUGCUCUGCUCCUCAUGUGGUUUGUAAGAAUAUACAAUGCGAGCGCAGCGGAAGAGAAGAAACGCCUGAAUGCUUUGUCCUUGGUUGCUCUCGUCAUUGCAGCUUAUCUCAUGGUCGUUAUAAUAUUGGAAAACAUCUUCAAGUGGACGUUCUUGUUGCAUCUUUCGGCGUUAGUUUUGCUGCUUCUGUUGCUCUUUUCGCCUGUUUAUGUUGCUGCAAGAGCCCUGCAAGGAGAAUUCAGGAAUGCUGAACAGACGCAAUCGACUGAAGGCGUGGAUCAGAAUAGCGAUCUCGACCGGCUAGAGUGCUACGAGAAGACAUACUAUGGAGAAGAAGAUCCGACUGGUUCUGAUUAUCAGAUUUUGCCUGGUGACAUUAAUGAAGAAAUCAGUAAACAUGAAGACAACGACCAGCAGCUCGAACGAGACCUACAUUUGUCGCAAGCUAUGUGCACUGUGGACUUCUGGAUAUUAUUUCUUGCCAUGGCAUGUGGCAUGGGCUCGGGACUAGCCACGGUUAACAACAUUGGCCAGAUAGGAGGAUCUCUGGGUUACACCAGCGAAGAAGUGAACAGUAUGAUCUCCUUGUGGAGCAUAUGGAACUUCCUUGGUCGUUUCGGGGCCGGAUUUGUAUCAGACUUCUUCUUACACACCAAAGGGUCGGGUCGGCCAUUGUUCAUGGCCAUAACUCUAGCUGCUCUCAGCGUUGGUCAUGCAGUCAUUGGUUCUGGCCUGCCUGGUGCUUUGUAUGUGGGUUCGGUUUUGGUGGGCGUGUGCUACGGCUCACAGUGGUCGCUGAUGCCAACAAUCGCAUCCGAGAUAUUCGGCGUGAAUCAUAUGGGCACCAUAUUCAAUACCAUCACCAUGGCGAACCCUGUUGGAUCGUAUAUCUUGUCCAUUAGAGUGAUUGGGUAUAUCUACGACAAAGAAGCAUCAGGGAAAGGGCACAAAUGUGAAGGAACAAAAUGCUUCAUGUUGUCUUUCUUCAUUAUGGCAGGCGCUACUCUUUUGGGUUCUCUUGCAGCAUUGCUAUUAUUCUUCAGGACGAGAUACUUUUACAGUCAGGUUAUACUCCGACGCAUACAGCAUUCCUCGAGGUUGUAAAAUAGUAAGUUUAUUGAUGGGGUAGAUUUCCUCCUGAAGGGAUUUGCUCGAGUUUGAUUGUGGCAGGUCUUUAAGGUGAGGGAGGCACCAUAUGUGGGAUUAGUGAGAAUAGUGACUUACUAUCUUUCUGAUGGAAGUUCGAUUCUGGGUUCUUCAAGUGCAUCAAUUCCCCGAAUUGACAAGAUGCAUGAAUGUAUUCAGAUAAGCCAUAAAUACCAGAGAAGCUGAUUCAAGCAAUGGGCGAAGAAGAGUCUGGUCGAUCAGCCUAGUGAAAAUUGCCCAGCCUCUGGACCUUGAUGGUUGUCUUGAGUCCAUAAACACAGACAACUGAGGCACACUUCGGAUGCCGGUGCACUUUUUCAAGGGAAUUAGAGUGGGUAUUGUUAUCCUAGCAAUGGAGUCCGACUUAGUACAUGAGGAGUUUGGUUAGUGCGAGUGCCGGCCGACCGGCCAUGCAAGUAUCACAUAAAUACUGCUUGAGCCUAAUCUUUCAUUAUGGCCUUGUUUCCUUUGUCAUCUUUGGUGAUCCUAAUAAUGGUAGUCUCCCUCUGGCAUUUUGGGUUUUGGUUGGAUGUUGUAUAGAAACUCUUCUCUAGCUAUUUUGGCUUGUUGUCUGUCAUUUGUAGCUCUGUUUUUCAGUUUUGACUGGUCAAAAACCUGUUUGAAGUACUUGAAUUCUCUUUCCAA